ACCCAGGCCAGGCUGUGACUCCACCCUGCCGGGGCCUCUCUCAGUCUGUCCCUGGGGGAGACCAUGAACAUCAGCACCUGGCCCACGCCGGUGACCCUAGAGUCCUGCCAGCGGCUGGCGGCCAGCGGCCACAGCCUCCUCAUCGUCCUGCACUACAAUCACAGCGGCAGGCUGGCUAGUCGCGGGGGCCCUGAGGCCGGUGGCGGGCUGGGGAUGCUGAGGGGGCCGUCGGUGGCAGCGGGGUGCCUGGUGGUGCUGGAGAACGCCAUGGUACUGGCUGCCAUCGCCAUCCACAUGCGAUCGCGCCGCUGGGUGUAUUACUGCCUGCUAAACAUCACACUGAGCGACCUGCUCACAGGCCUGGCCUACGUGGUCAACGUGCUGCUGUCCGGGACUCGUACCUUCCAGCUGUCACCUGUGCACUGGUUCCUGCGGGAGGGCCUGCUCUUCAUGGCCCUGGCUGCAUCCACCUUCAGUCUGCUCUUCACAGCGGGCGAGCGCUUCGCCACCAUGGUGCGGGUGGCUGAGAGCGGGGCCACCAAGACCAGCCGCGUGUAUGGCUGUAUCGGUCUGUGCUGGUUGCUGGCAGCUACCCUGGGCCUGCUGCCCCUGCUGGGCUGGAACUGUGUAUGUGCCUUCCCGCGCUGCUCCAGCCUGCUGCCCCUCUACUCCAAGGGCUAUGUGCUCUUUUGUGUGGUGGUCUUUGCCCUCAUCCUAGUGGCUAUCCUGAGCCUCUACGGGGCCAUCUUUAGGGUGGUCCGAGCCAAUGGACAGAAGUCCCCGCGUCCUCCUGCCCGCCGCAAGUCCCGCAGGCUACUCAACACGGUGCUGAUGAUCUUGGUGGCCUUCGUGGUGUGCUGGGGUCCCCUGUUUGGCCUGCUCCUGGCUGACAUCUUUGGCUCUAAUGUCUGGGCCCAGGAGUACCUGCGUGGCAUGGACUGGAUCUUGGCCUUGGCCGUGUUCAACUCGGCCAUCAAUCCCCUCAUCUACUCCUUCCGCAGCCGUGAGGUGCGGCGCGCUGUGUUGGCCUUCCUAUGCUGCGGAUGUCUCUGGUUAGGCCUGAGAGGUCCUGGAGACUGCGUGAGCCGGAUCACCGAGGCCCACUCUGGUACGUCCACCACUGACAGCUCGCUGAGGCCCAGGGACAGUUUUCGGACUUCCCGGUCACUCAGCUUCAAGAUGCGAGAGCCACUGUCCAGCGUUUCCAGUGUCCGCAGCGCCUAGAGCUUGGACCAGCCAGUUGCCCGCUGAGCAGGCCCUCCCAGAAGAGAUGAAAAGGAACUGGACACAAGAUCCUCGCCUGAUGGUGACUGAGAACAUGUCAGCAGGACCUGGGUUCCUUUCACGAAACUCCCGUGAUGAAUGUUUGGCAGAGAGUGGCGGUGCCAGAUCCAGUGAGUCCGGGCCUCGAUGGGGCUCUCAGCCAGUGAAGGGGAUGUGACAUGUCUGAGGCCACGGACAGGACAGAGCCUUAUGGUUCUGUUUUAGUCACAUGUGUGCGUGUCGGUGCCCAGGCUGCUGUAAUGUGUCUCCUGGUCACACCCACUGGUGCACAGUGCUUUGGGGGUGUGCUGGGAUGGGGGUGCAUCUGCACCAUUUGUUUGAGGGCAACCUGAUGUGUUGGAAGAACAACAGGUGGGGCUGGGGGACAUACCAGUCUGUCAUCCAUCCCUUUUCUCAGUGACUUCCCCAUUGGGACAAGCAGCCUGUCCCCCCACCCCUGCCAUGGCCUCUCUCCUCAGUUCAGCUUCUCUGGUUCUAUGUGGGGAGAAUGGACCCACCCAUCCUGGGUCUGGGGCAAUCUCAGCUGGUCCUGUGACCCCACAGCUUUGCCCUUCCAGUCCUGACUCAUGGAGCUGUGCUGUGACAGGGGCUGUGGAUCCUCCUUUGUGUGUGACGGUGCAGCUACGAGCCACGCAUGGCUGCAUAAAACUCAUUAAAAUGAACAA